AUGUCCUCGAGGAUGGACUCUCGACGGGUCUCCAUGCUAGCGACGCCGUCUUGGAGGCCCUUCAAGACCUGCGAGUGGACCCCCGCAGUCACCCGGGAGGACGAUAGGAGCACAGUUACCAAGGAGGAGAUCGCCUGGGAGUCGAGCAGGCGGGCCUUGACGCUAGCGUAUCGAGCGUGCAACCCCGCGCCGGCCAAAAAGCCACGAAAGUCGGCCCCUGCCAAUCUGGAAAACAGCAAUGGCGUUGCCAGUGACCCGGGAGAUGACCAAGAUGACUUCGAGAUUCUUUCGGGCGAUGACCACGAGCCCGCCACUGGCAAAAAGGGUAUGGGCAAAGGUAAGUCGCCCAAGAACAAAGCCCCCCCCAAGAAUACGGCAUCGCCAGCCAAGAAGAAGCCCACUGUCACCAAGAAGGCGACGAUCUCCAUCAGGCACGACACGCCCAAGGAGCUCGCGGCCUUCCGAGCACAGGAGGCUGGUCUAGGCAUCUUGGAAGGGUUGCCUCUGGGCGAACAAGCUGUUCGCAUCUCGGCCAGAGCUGUCGGCCUUUCCUCCGACCGCUUGCGCCUGGACAAGCAGGCGCUCGCCCUAAAGACUGUCGCCCUCAAGGCCCGCCUACUCGAGUCCCGCGCGACCUCCUCCUUGGCAGUGCUUCUCUCGUCCUCCCGGGUGACUGCGGGGGUCCCCUCGCAGGUCCUGAAGGGCAUCCGAGACGACAUCGCCAACAUCAAGGCGUGUCGAGAGUCCAUCCUCGAGGACGUUGAGCGGAUGGCUUUGGGGGAAGAAGAGGCUACCGGAAAGGCCGCGAGGGGGGCGCGAGCGAUAGCGGAUAUGGAAGAGGAGGAGCCAGAGGAAACCGAGUUGUCUGAGGGUGAAGAUGAGGAAGAAUAG